GGGCUGUCCCGCUCCUGGGCAGUCUUGUGUGUAUACGGGAGUUGUUCUGCUUCUGGUCAGCCUCUCCCGUUCUAGGGAAGGCUGGACGCAGGUGCACUGCACAGGGACAGGUGAGCUGGUUGGAAAAGGAGUCUUGGGAAUGAUUGCCUCGGCACUUAGACCUUAAAGCUGUGCUUUGCUGCAAGCUCUGCCGGUGUUAAGGUGUUAUCCUGAGCACCUUGUUCUGCGCUGAGCCAGGGCUCUCUACUUCUGUUUUAUGGUGAGUCCAGGUCUGCUGUCUGUAUCCUCCAUGGUGUCCCAGAGGCUUUGGUAUGUUUCUGUGUGCUAGAGCUAUGGUAAUUGCAGUCUAAACAACUCUUGGGGAGUAAAUGAUAUCCUGGGGCAUCUGGGAGACAAGCAGUUUCCCUUGUUGGAAAUGCAGGAGCUGUGCAUUCGCAUCUUUUGGGGAGAAGGAAGUUGGUAGCUUUCCCAGCUCAUAUAAGGGAUGUGUGCUCUAUUUUCUUAGAGCUCUGAGAGCCAAAUGGUGGUUGGCAUAACCAUUUGUACUUGUGGUCUUUUUCUGUGUGAGCACUUAGUGUUUAUUCUUUUCCUGCAGGUAACUUAGCCAAGAGUGUUGGCUUCUGUAUAAAGGAGCUCUUGAGUCUGUACUGGGAUUUGUGUAGGUUGUUCCUUUGCCAUAAGAAAGAUGGGUCAUUAUUAGAUGCCAGACCAGUUGUCAUCGGUGCUAAGCUGCAACCAAAAUGGCUAAGUACAGGCUUGUUCUCUUAAGACAUGGGGAAGGAGCCUGGAACAAGGAGAAUCGCUUCUGCAGCUGGGUGGACCAGAGGCUGAGCAGUGAUGGGAUAAAGGAAGCUCAGAACUGUGGCAAACACCUUAAAGCACUGGGCUUUGAAUUCGACCUCGUCUUCACCUCUGUACUCAGCCGCUCCAUCCAGACUGCAUGGCUUAUCCUAGAAGAAAUGGGUCAAGAGUGGGUCCCCAUGCAGAGUUCUUGGCGCCUGAAUGAACGUCACUAUGGUGCUCUGAUUGGUCUCAACAGAGCAGAAAUGGCUCUGAAUCAUGGGGAAGAGCAAGUGAAAAUAUGGAGGAGAAGCUAUGAUGUUACUCCACCUCCCAUAACCGAAUCUCAUCCUUUCUAUGAAGAGAUAUACAAUGAUCGCCGGUAUAAGUGCAGUGAUGUCUCUCAGGAUAAUCUCCCGAGGGCUGAAAGCCUAAAAGAUGUGCUUGAUAGACUCCUUCCCUAUUGGAAUGAAAAGAUAGUGCCAGAACUGAAAAGUGGCAAGAUGAUCCUUAUCUCUGCUCAUGGUAACAGCAGCAGGGCAUUGCUGAAGCAUGUGCAAGGCAUCUCUGAUGAGGACAUCAUCAAUGUUACUCUUCCCACUGGUGUGCCCAUACUUCUUGAACUUGAUGAGAAUCUGCGCCCUCUGGGCCCUCACCAGUUUCUGGGUGAUCAAGAAGCUAUCCAAGCUGCCAUCAAAAAAGUGGAAGAUCAAGGGAAAGUAAAAGCUGUUGAGAAGUAAAAUGUCACUGACACAGCUGUUUCCAACAUUUAUGUAUGACUGCUAGGUUGCACUGUGUAGAAGUCUCAAUUUUAAGCACAAAUAAUUGGAAGGGAGAGUUGUUGAGUCUCAGGUUGGUAGAUUUACCCUCUGCCUCUCAAAAACUGGAAUUUAGAUCUCAGCAUGAGGUUAUGGACAUGGGAGAAAAAAGAAAUCAAGAGAUCAUUCAGGUAAUAGAAACUUGCAGAGCAGUCUGCCCCACAUCUAGGAUUGAGGGUGGCCCAGUACAGAAAUGAAGAGAUAUUGCUGGUGUCUACUGGUCAUCAAUCCUAAUCUAAGGGGAAAAGCACCAGUUUACUGGACUAAAUAACUCCAGGUUAUUCUGUGCACUAAAACUUUUACAGUGUGAUAAAAUGGCUCUAAGUUGAGUUAUCCAGUAUGAUUCUUCUGUGUCACUGGCCAUGACAACUUGUUCUGGAUGGAAUUCCUUUGGUCUUUCAGAACACUUUCAGCUGUAUAACUCUUUGCCUUUGUUAUUUUGAGUCUUCCAAGGUCAGUUCAUGUCCAGAAAAUUUUGUAGAGAUUUUCUGACUGUUACAGUUAAUCAUAGCUGUGUUUUUACACUUACAGUCCAGUUUUUAAGGAACCUAGAAGGAAUCCCUUUUCCUCCACCAUCUUUGCAAAGCCUAGCAUGACUGCAUUUUAUUGCUUGAAAUAAUAGGAUUUAACUCGGACUUUAGUCCACAAACUAAGCACAAAGGUUUCCUGCUUACUGUUUAAAUGAUCACUUAGUGAGUGACCUGAAUAGCUUUGAAACACUCAAGUGACAUGUACUAGAAGUUUGAUCAUCUCUUAGUCAGGUUGUUAAAAUAAUUCCUGUUUACCUCACUAAAACUGAAUAUAGGAAAAUCCCCCUUUAAGCUUUCCUGAGUUGUAAGGGUCUCUUGAUAAAUGUUCCACGGGAAUAUUAUGUGGCAUUCUCUGUAUGAAUUUCUCUGGAUGGUGGAAAAGAUGCAUAAGGCAUAUACGAAAUGUUAGUGGGUGCAGCACAUCCAGCCAUCAUGCUGGUAGGAAAGGGUAUUCUGCCAUGCCUGAACGUGUUCAUCUGUAAGACUCUCCUCAAAACCAUG